AUGCUCAUACAGCAGCUCAUCCUUUACUCUAUUUGUGUAAGCGCAGCUGCUGUCGACCAUGUGAAGUACCACUACAAGCGGCAGGCAGGCGAUUCGAGAAGCCCUUGCCCAGCAAUGAACACCCUGGCUAACCACGGAUAUAUAAACCGUGAUGGCAAGAACAUUAGUCUGAAUGAUCUGUCCAACGCUGCCAUGAAAGUUUACAACAUAGACAUCCUGCUAGCAACUCUCUUCACGCGUGGCGGGAAUCUAUUGAUUCAAAACAACACACUUGAUGGAGUUUUGAAGACCACGGUAGAUCUAUCGGAUUAUGAUAAGCACGAUGCGAUUGAGCACGACGGCUCACUGACGCGAAUGGACUUCUCUCAAGGUGACGACCACACAUUCCAACCGGAAAUGUUGAAACAACUCCUCAAUGACUCUACGUCAGAUUUUCUGGACUUUGAUUCUUUAGCAAAGUCCCGUGUUCGACGUGAAAAGGACAUGGCGUCGAGAGGAAAUCCGCCGCUGGAUGGCAAGGGAAUUUUUAUAGCUUAUGGAGAGGCAGCGCUCCUUCUCGAAACCUUUGGCAAAGGCACAAACAAGGCACCGAAGGCGGAUAUCGAGACGUUCUUUUCCGAGGAGAGACUGCCAGAUGGGUACGAAGUGCCGAAGCAGUUGAUCACGAUACCAUCGACGGUCGCCCUGAGCGGGGAGAUCCAAGCAGCAGCAGCUUUCCAUAGGAUGUUCUCGUUUUGA